AUGAGUCAUAAAGUUUGAUGUCCUAGCCAAAGUUUAGGACAAAGUUAAGCAAAACUUGGGGCUUUUUGGAAAGACAGUGAUUUGCAAUGCGCCGUGCAGUGAUUCGUUCUUGCUGGGAUAAAUAUAAAGAAGUAUCGGAAAUAGGACACUGAAGUCCUUUGCAGAAAAUAGUUUACAGUCGGGAAAUCGUGCGUUUCACUUGUUACUGUAUUUAGCGUGAAACGACUAACUUUUCCAAUCUACAACGAGAAACACAAACUAUACUUUAGGCUACUGGAUCCGUACCUUGAGCCUGCUCGGUUGUUGGGGCGUUUUUUCCAUAACAGUAAUUGGUUAUUUGUUCUAGACCUAUGUUCAGCGCUAAAAGUUUAGAAAAGUAAAAAAGAAAAACAAACAAAUCACAGCGGAGGAAUUUUCUGACGUCUUGGAGUUCGUUACUUCGAAAUGUUUAUAUGAUUACAAUCAAUACUCCAGGAUCUGGGCUUUCCAAAAGUUUGGAUUGAUUUUUUCACCUUCUUUUUCGAACACCGAACUGAUUUUUUUCUAAUUCGGAGACAUGGAUCCGAGCCAACAUAAUCCCCCGGCCGGGCACCAAAUCGUCCAUGUCCGAGGUGAUUCCGAGACCGACUUGGAAGCUCUUUUUAAUGCUGUAAUGAACCCUAAAAAUACUAUCGUACCACCUUCGGUACCCAUGAGAAUGAGGAAACUUCCAGAUUCAUUUUUCAAACCGCCUGAACCAAAGUCCCACUCCAGACAAGCAAGCACAGACGCAGGCUCCGCCGGGGCCCUCACCCCCCAGCACGUGCGGGCGCACUCCUCGCCCGCGUCGCUCCAGCUGGGGCCCCCCGGGCCCAUCCCCGGCCUGAGCCCCGCUGGUGCGCCUCCUCAGCACCUCCGCCAGUCCUCCUACGAGAUCCCCGACGACGUGCCGCUCCCCCCGGGCUGGGAGAUGGCCAAGACCCCGUCUGGGCAGAGAUACUUCCUCAAUCACCUGGACCAGACCACGACCUGGCAGGACCCUCGCAAGGCCGUGCUGCAGAUGAACCAGGCCGCCCCCGCCAGCCCUGCUAGCGUCCCGCAACAGAACAUCAUGAGCCCGGCCUCGGGCCCUCUGCCUGAGUGCUGGGAGCAGGCCAUCACUCCGGAAGGGGAGAUCUACUACAUCAACCACAAGAACAAGUCCACCUCCUGGCUGGAUCCACGGCUGGACCCGCGCUAUGCUCUGAACCAGCAGCGGAUCAGCCAGAGUGUUCCGCUGAAGCAGCCCCCACCCAUCUCCUCCAGCCCCCAGGGAGGGGGGGUCCUGGGGGGCAACAGCCAGAUGAGGCUCCAGCAGCUGCAGAUGGAGAAGGAGAGGCUCCGGCUCAAACACCAGGACCUCCUGAGACAGAGGCCCCAGGAACUGGCUCUGAGGAACCAGCUGCCCACCAGUAUGGAGCAGGACGGCGUGGCCCCAAACCCGGUCUCUUCCCCAGGCAUGACCCAGGACGUGCGCACCAUGACCACCAACAGCUCCGACCCCUUCCUCAACAGCGGGACGUACCACUCUCGAGAUGAGAGCACGGACAGCGGUCUGAGCAUGAGUAGCUACAGUGUCCCUCGCACGCCUGACGACUUCCUCAACAGUGUGGACGAGAUGGACACGGGUGACUCCCUGGGCCCGGUCUCCAUGGUGACGCAGCCCAGCCGUUUCCCGGACUACCUGGACACCAUCCCGGGCACGAACGUGGACCUGGGCACCCUGGAGAGCGAGGGCAUGGCGGUGGAGGGCGAGGAGCUGAUGCCCAGCCUGCAGGAGGAGCUGAGCUCCGACAUCCUCAACGACAUGGAGUCCGUGCUCGCCGCCACCAAGAUCGACAAGGAGAGCUUCCUCACCUGGUUAUAGAGAGGCGGGGAGAGCUUCCUCACCUGGUUAUAGAGCAGCGGGGACUCACUCAUACCGCACGCUCCACACCGCAAGCUCCACACACACUACCACACUACUGCUGCACCAAGGCCAAUCUGUGAAGGAUCUGGAGAGAUGCUAAAGGACAUUUCAGUCUUCCUUUUUUUUAUCAUUAUUAUUGUUAUUAUUAUUCCACCUGCAAAAGGACAAGCAGCAUCGCAGGCAGCAGGAGUUCUUAUUUUAUCCUUUUUAUGAGUUUAUUAUUAUUUUUUCCUUCACUCAGUAUCUCGCUUACUCACGUCCUCAAGGCUGGCCCAUGAAUUGACGAUUUUUCUGAGGGUUCCCCCCCCCCCCCAAACCCCACCUGCCCCUCAGUAUCGCUGUCUGUCACCCCCUUUAAGAGCAGAGUCUGUGCACUGCGGUUCCUUCACCGGCCCUAACCUCAUCUCAUUUCUGUGCAACACGACUUUUACUUCUUCCUUUUCUGUGCCGACAGCUUGGGGUUUUUUUGUUCUUUCAAAGCGUUUCAUUAUUUUAAAUUUUUUGUAUUAGUCUGUCUUUUAUGUGAGCCUGAGAAACCAAAAAAAAAAAAAUAUGAAUAUGUAUCUGAUGUGAAAGGUUCUUCUCAGUACUGGUUUGGAGUGGGGGUGAUUUCGACAGGCUGGCUGUGAUGUAGUGGCGUUGUGCAGCCAGGAGGGGGAGCUCCGUGAUUUCCAGUGCUGCUGCUUGGCUGUGCCAGCAAGUGUAACUUAAAACCUUGUCAAAUCAAGUGCCUUUCCAUUUGUUUUCUUUUUUUUUUUGUUUUUUUGGAGAGAAUUAAAAAGAAAAAAUAACACUACGCUACUAUUUUGCAACGUAAAUCAAUAUAUGUGCUAAGCUGUUUUUAAAAGAUUAAGCUUAAUGGUUCUACAUACAUUCAUGUUCAAUAAUCAAAAGUAUCUUUCCAUUUUAAAAGUAGAGGUUUAUAAAAAAUGUAUUGUAUUGGGAAUUAGGGAUUUUUAAGGAAUCCUAGCUUCUUUAUAUUUCAGUCUUAUUUAAGCCUGAUUCAACCUUGGGUUGGUUUUUUUUAUUUUAUUAUCCUUUAAUUUAGGUUGUUAGAUUGAUGUAUAAUAGAUCAAGCAGCCUUCUUGUAGUCCUUUUAAUCGUUGCUGAUUUUUGUAGGUGAGUUUUAAGAGGAGUGUUUGUUUUGGGCCACCUUUCAGCACAUCACAACCACAACGACACCUGCCUAACCUCAGGAUGGGAACAUCACUCAAAAUGGAAAAAAAACUAAAAAAACAUUUUAAAAAAACAAAACCAUGUUUUGCUCUGCUUUUCAGUGUUACUCUAGAAACCAUGUUUUGGUUGCCAAGGGUGCAGAAUUAUUAUUUUAUUUUCAUUUGUCUUCUUACUCAUUUAGCACUCACAUUUUUGGUAAACCAUUUAUUUUUUUGUGAGCCUAAUGCCCGAGUAGUGCAAGGCUGUUAUUGCAUUGAAUUACAUUUAUUUGCUGGAUGAGUGAUUUGCAAUGUAGGAUAUUGGCUAUAGAUGCUCUUGUUCUUGAUGUUCUGUUGUUUGGACGCUCUAUUGUGUAUGGACACUAUUAGUUGAGUGUUCUCUUGGCUAUGGACGCUCUUGAAAAGAUGACUUAUUUUCCUAUAAGACAUAAGUGAGAAUAGAGAGAUGGAAGGGGCUGGUGUUUCCCAGACCUCUGUGCUGUGAUGGACUGAAAAGGCUGCUUGCAGAAGGUGGUUUACGACACGUUUCAGAUGGUUAGACGACAAGGGUAGAGUUUUAGUUGUAGAAGUUUUCGAUGGUAAUUCUGAACGAUGAGAGUUGUAGGAUGUAGGGAAAUUCCAACAUGAGCAAACUCGAUCAAAAUGUCAGUCUGGAAUUUUUGGUGCGGCUUCCAAAGAGUGUUUUUAUUCCACUUUCCCUAAACUUGUCUCCCUUUCUAUGAGCAUGAGCAACAUGUAUGCAGAUGUAUGUGAAAUAUGUUUGCAUCAACAAGUAGGUGAGGUUAGGGUCUUUGUGUUUUUAUGGAGAAGACAAAAUGGCUGUGGACACAAGAUGUGUAUUGUAUUGACUAGGUGGCUAAUUUUAAGUUUUUAGUUGGUAGUUUUUUUUCUGAGUUUUGGAUUCAGGAUUUGAAAUGGUAAGUGAGCUAUCCCCAGUCUUUCAUUUGUUGCUUUGUCGUUUACAUUCUAGGUCUAGGAGAUGCUACAGUGACCGUUGUCUGGAUUCCGAUCAAGAGAGUUUCCUGUUUUAAAAAUCAAACGUUUACAUGGUGGCAAUGUUUAAAAUCCUAUAGAAAUGCAGAACAAUAGAAAGAUUAUCCUUUUGUCCUUUUAAAAAUGAAUUGCAUCACUACGAUGUUAAAUGUGAUUAUUUCUUUAUUUUUUGUUUCCAUGCAAGAUGAAAACAAGAACAAAAAAUACUUUAACCCACCCACAAAAUUGUAUGAUUUAUUUCUUUUAGACUUUAGUUCUGACAUUAUUGUCAAAAAUUGAAAACUACAUUCAGUGUUACCAUGGGAACCUGAGUGAGUUCCGCAUUCUGCAGUUGCAUUCAGAAACAUUUUAUUUGACACGAGGCACAGUAUUUGUGGUGGGGA